GAAGUGAAGUAAAUUAGUCAAUCAUUCCAUCAAAAUUCAAGGGAUUUCUAAUCCCAUGUUAACCAAACAACUUAAUUUAAAUUCCCAGGGAUUUAUCAGCAUUGGAAUCCAAAUUGUUGAUGCCCAUUUCUCUCUCCCAUCGUCCUGUUCUCCCUAAAUUGACAAUUAGGGCAAAAUCAUAAGAUUUCUCAACACCAUUAAUCCUGCAAAAGUAAGAGCUGUUCUGCCAAAAUCCAUGGCUUGCGCAUCACAUUACUCUCUCUUCGCUAUGGCAGCGGCGAGAUUGGGCUCUAUCUUCACCCCACCGUCUCAGCGCCACUCGAUAUUUGGAUAUGAUGCAGUUGUCAUGUUUGUUAAAGAUCUAGCCAUGAAUGUAGGAGACUCUUGUCAACAGAUGGUUCAAGAUUCUCCAGCAGAUAACAACGGCUUUGACAAGGGAGAAGCACCUCAAGCAGUUUUCAAUGUGUUGGAUAGCAUUCUAAAAGGCACCUUGGAUCGCUUGAAGACCAUAAGGGAGACUAUGUCAAUGCCUGAAAUUAUAUUGGCGAAGGUCUCCACAACCACUGAUUUCGAGGAACUUGAAGCUUCAAUUAGGGUUUUGUGCUUGGAAGGUAAGUUAGAUGCUGCGCUUUGUCUUCGAAGCAAGCUAAUCGCAAAUCAUUAUGUUCCUGAUGUGGUUACACAUAAUCACAUAGUCAAUGCAUUUUGUAAAACUGGAUGUUUGGAAAAGGCUGAUUGUCUUAUUAGGGAGAUGUUAGCACAAGGUCCCUCUCCUAAUUGUGCAACUUUUAACACGUUUAUUAAGGGUUAUUGUUCAGAGGGUGAUUUGGACAAAGCUUUAUCGUUAUUUUCCUCAAUGGUUAAGUAUGGAAUUAAGCCAAACAGGAUUACUCGUAAUAUACUUCUUCAUGCUUUGUGUAAAGAAGGUUUAGUGGAAGGUGCUAGGAAUUUCCUUGCAGGAAUUUCAAAUGACGAGUCUGGGAGGACACAUGUUGAUUUAGUUACGUCAACCUUACUAAUGGAUAUGCAUUUUAAGAAUGGGGAUAUUGCUGGAGCUCUUUAUCAUUGGAAGAAAAUGUUGCAAGAGGGUAUACAAAUGAAUACUAUUGCUUUUAAUGUUCUUAUUCACGGUUUUUGCUCGAAUCAGGAAAUUAAACUUGCAUUUAGUUGUUUUGGAGAAAUGAUUAAGAGAGGGAUACAACCUUGUAAAUACACUUUUAACACCUUUAUAAGUUACUUUUGUAAAAUUGGAACAUUUGAUGAAGCACUGAACAUGCUUGGUGUAAUGCUAAAUAUGGGAGUGGCCCCUGACCGUAUCACUUUUAAGAUGAUUGUUCAAGGUCUCUGUAUAUACGGAAAGGUUGAAAAGGCAGCACAACUAUUGAUUUGUAUGUUAGAUACUUCCAAUGUCCCAGAGCCUGCUAUUUGGAAUAGCAUAAUCCAUGGUUAUGGAAAAUAUGGAGACACCAAGAAUGCAUUGUUAUUCGGAGAGAAGAUGCUUUCUUUUGGAGUCCCUCCGAAUACAUACACCUAUAAUGCAUUGAUUUAUGCCUUGUUGAAGGAAAAGAAUAUCAAUGGAGCUCUAUCUCUGAAAAGAGAGAUGGAUCAAAGAGGUGUUUCUCCUGAUCUAGUGACAUACAAUUUGUUGGUGGGUGCUUUUUGUAAUCUUGGGUCUAUGCAGUUUGCACUUCAGUUACAUGAAGAAAUGCUUAGGAGAGGGUGCCAUCCAGAUGUUGUGACUUAUACAGAACUGAUUAGAGGUUAUUGCUUGAAGGGUCAACUGAAGGAGGCAGAAGACAUUUUUGUCAGGAUAUGGAGUUCUGGCCUCCAAGUUGAUCAUGUCCCAUGUCUCAUUUUGGUUAAAAGAUACUGCAGAACUGAAGGGGUUAUGCAGUCACUUAGUCUCCUCGAAAAUCUAUUGAGUGAAUAGGAUUGAGCAUACCUUGAAUCAGGAGCUUGAUAGUACUGAAUACCUCUGGGGAAUAUGUAGGAAACUUUUAAAAAUGGGUAAAUGAUGCAUUAUCAUCUUAGACUAUUUUGACUUGAGAAUCGAGAUGGCUUUAGCCUUUGAUGGUGACCUUUCAAACUUGAAGAUUAGGGUGCAAUUUGAUUUGAGCAGAUGGGAGUGAAUGAUCCACUGAUGAAAGCAUAUCGCUUUGUAAGCCAAAUACACAUCAUCAAAUCCCAAUGUUGUCAAGCACUUGUCACUUACGAGUUACUACUUACUCUGUGCGAGAGUGCUGACAGUGGUUGCAGCUGUUUAUUGUUGCAGCUGAGAAGUCUGUGGUGUUCUGUUAUGAGGUAUGUCUCUGAGCAUCUACCUUCUCUUUGCUUUGUGUCAGUGAUUAGCUUAGAUCCCGUUUUGUAUCAUUUUUUGUUUCCAGUUUUUUGUUUCCAGUUUUCUGUUUUUUACAAAACUAAAAACCAAAAUAUGAAAACCACAAAAAGUAGUUUCCAGUUUUUUGUUGUCAGUUUUCAAAAUCAAUAUGAUUAUUUUAGGUAUGAUUACUUUUUUGUUCAUAAUUCAAUCUAAAUCAUAUGACUUUCAAAACUAAAAAACCAAAAACUGGAUGUAAUACCGAACUAACCCUUAGCUCUUUAAAUUUUUCAUCGUGUCCUACUAUUUAGAUUGACAAAGUUGGUCAUAUUCAGAAGCUUUUGGCUGGAGCUUAAAUUGGUUAGGAAGAAAAUUUGCAAUAGAUUUUGUAUGGUAUUAGUCUGGGCAAGGGAAGUCUCAUUGUGUCAAGUAUCUCUUGGUCACGUACCGUACAACUAAGGGUAAUUGUUUGUUCAUUUGGGAGAGUUUUAAAGAGAAAUGAGUCCAUGAGCAUAAUAAUUAGCAUGGAUGUACCGUGUGCAUGGUAAAAGCGAAUGUAUAAUCAAUAAUGGAUAUCCAACCCCUUGUUUGGGUGUUUGGCAUUAUUAAUGUUUAUCUUUUUGUUAAAAUUUUGUGGUCUUGCGUAUUAUUUUAAAAUUUCCAUGUUAAUCAGGUACAUUUACACUAAUUGUGCUCCGAACUCUUCUGAUUUACAUCUCCUAAAUGAGGUAUCUAGAACAGGUGUUCUUAAGAAUUUUUUUUUUGAAUUUUUGAUAAUCAGGUACAUUUAAUAUUUGGAUGCUAGUCCAAAUGAUACAUACAUACGAAGGAUUACUGGAUUUCACCCAGGGAUGAGCACAAAGAUAGUGAAGUAAAGGCUUGUGAAGGCUUUGACCAGUCCAGCAGAUAAGUGGCACAUGAGUAGACUUAAUGCACUCAGAUGCUUUCACUGGUGGUGGUUGUGUAAUACUAAGGGGUGUUCACUUGUUUGGUUGACACCUAAAAAUGGUGGAAGUUGGAAUUCCUAGGAAAAAACUUCCUAUGGGAAUUAAAUUCUUUUGUCAACCAAACAAGCCCUAAAUAUAGGUUGAAAAUAGGGAGCGACAUUGAUGUAUAGUUUUACUUAGCUUGACAAAAGUUAAAAGUUGGCCAAGAUGUAAUUAUGACAACUGUGGCUAGAAAAGAGGGAGUGUUUCCUCCAUUGUUUUUAUGGUGCAUGUUAUUCAAUAAAAGUGUGUAUUAAACUUGUGUUUUA